GAAGGAGAGUACAGCGCAACAGCGGUUAUCUCAGCAGAGCAAUACAGCCAGGGUGGGUCACUUCGCCUCAAGGAAAGUGUCAGUUCUGACCAGCAGGCAUGGAAGCGUCAGAAGACCAAGGGGAGUCAGAGACAGCGAAUAACAGCCAGAAAACUGGGGUCUGUGUCAGCAUUGGGAGAUAUCAUCAGCAGAGGGUAUUUUACGCAGCGACAGGAUAAGACUGUCACACAGGAUGGGAAUUUGUAGUCUGCAAGGUGUACAUCGCAGCCUGUCUCCACGAAGUUAAUGAAAAAGGUGGGAUCGUGGGCAUUGGGGGUAAGUCAGACAGACAGUAGAUAGUAGUGAAGAACAGGGGUAGUCGUAAGGGGGAGGAUAGGCAGUCAGCCACAAAAAAUUUUAGGCUGGGGUAUACAGCAGACGUCGGGGUUCUACGUCACCGGAGGGGAUUAAGUUCAUUAGAAAAACAAACAGGCAGACCCAGCCUCAUAAAGUGUCAUCGGACGGAGGAGUGACAUGACAACAAUAAUACAGUCAACGAAAGGGGAACAUUUAGCAGGCUGGGGGUAUCAAACAGAGAGGAGGGAGUAGUACAGUCAGACAGACAGGAGGGAGUAGUACAGUCAGACAGACAGGAGGGAGUAGGACAGUCAGACAGGCAGGAGGGAGUAGUACACUUCAGACAGACAGGAGGGAGUAGUACAUUAGACAGACAGGGGGAGUAGUACAGUCAGACAGACAGGAGGGAGUAGUACAGUCAGACGGGAAGGAGGGAGUAAGUACAGUCAGACAGACAGGAGGGAGUAGUACAUUAGACAGACAGGAGGGAGUAGUACAGCCCAGACAGACAGGAGGGAGUAUACAGUCAGACAGACAAGGAGGGAGUAGUACAGUCAGACAGGAGGGAGUAGUACAGUCAGACAGAGGAGGGAGUAGUAGCAGGGGAGUACAGUCAGACAGACAGGAGGGAGUAGUACAGUCAGACAGACAGGAGGGAGUAGUACAGUCAGACAGACAGGAGGGAGUAUAGUACAGUCAGACAGAAGGGGAGUAGUACAGUAGACAGACAGGAGGGGGUAGGACAGUCAGACAGACAGGAGGGAGUAAUACAGUAGUACAGACAGAGAGGGAGUAGUACAGUCAGACAGGAGGGAGUAUUUACAGUCAGACAGACAGGAGGGAGUAAAGUACUAGUAACUAGACAGACAGGAGGGAGUAGUACAGUCAGACAGACAGGAGGGAGUAGUACAGUCCAGACAGGAGGAGUAGUACAGUCAGACAGGAGGGAGUAGUACACUUAGACAGACAGGAGGGAGUAAUACAGUCAGACAGACAGGAGGGAGUAGUACAGUCAGACAGACAGGAGGGAGUAGUACAGUCAGACAGGAGGGAGGGAGUAGUACAGUCAGACAGACAGGAGGGAGUAGUACAGUCAGACAGACGGGUAUGGAGUAGUACAGUUAGACAGACAGGAGGGAGUAGUACACUUCAGACAGACAGGAGGGAGUAGUACAGUCAGACAGACAGGAGGGAGUAGUACAGUCAGACAGACAGGAGGGAGUAGUACAGUCAGACAGACAGGAGGGAGUAGUACAGUUAGACAGACAGGAGGGAGUAGUACAGUCAGUCAGACAGGAGGGAGUAGUACAGUCAGACAGACAGGAGGGAGUAGUACAGUGCAGACAGGAGGGAGUAGUACACUUAGACAGACAGGAGGGAGUAAUACAGUCAGACAGACAGGAGGGAGUAGUACAGUCAGACAGACAGGAGGGAGUAGUACAGUCAGACAGGAGGAGGGGUAGUUAGGACAGUUCAGACAGACAGUAGGAGUAGUACAGUCAGACAGACAGGAGGGAGUAGUACAGUUAGCAGACAGGAGGGAGUAGUUACAUUUCAGACAGACAGGAGGAGUAGUACAGUCAGACAGACAGGAGGGGUAGUACAGUCAGACAGACAGGAGGUGAGUAGUACAGUUCAGACAGACAGGAGGGAGUAGUACACAGACAGACGGGAGGGAGUAUACAGUCAGACAGACAGGAGGGAGUAGUACAGUCAGACGGGACGGGAGUAGUAUACAGCCCAGACAGACAGGAGGGAGUAGUACAUUAGACAGACAGGAGGGUUAGUACAGUCAGACAGACAGGAGGGAGUAGUACAGUCAGACAGACAGGAGGGAGUAGUACACUCGACGACAGGAGGGAGAGUACAGGACGACAGGAGGAGUAGUACACUUAGACAGACAGGAGGGAGUAGUACACGGGACAGACAGGGAGGGAGUAGUACACUUAGACAGACAGGAGGGAGUAGUACCAGUCAGACAGACAGGGGGAGUAUACAGUCAGACAGACAGGGGGAGUAGUACAGUCAGACAGACAGGAGGGAGUAGUACAGUCAGACAGACAGGAGGGAGUAGUACAGUCAGACAGACAGGAGGGAGUAGUACAGUCAGACAGACAGGGGGAGUAGUCACGUCAGACAGACCAGGAGGGAGUAGUACAGUCAACGACAGGAGGGAGUAGUACCAGUCAGACAACAGGAGGGAUAGUACAGUCAGACAGACAGGAGGGAGUAGUACACGUAGACAGACAGGAGGGAGUUAGUACAGUCAGACAGACGGGAGGGAGUAGUACAGUCAGACAGACAGGAGGGAGUAGUACAGUCAGACAGGAGGGAGUAGUACAGUCAGACAGACAGGAGGGAGUAGUACACUUAGACAGACAGGAGGGAGUAGUACAGUCAGACAGACAGGAGGGAGUAGUACAGUCAGACAGACAGGAGGGAGUAGUACAGUCAGACAGACAGGAGGGAGUAGUACAGUCAGACAGACAGGAGGGAGUAGUACAGUCAGACAGACAGGAGGGAGUAGUACAGUCAGACAGACAGAAGGGAGAAAGUACACGUCAGACAGACAGGAGGGAGUAGUACAGUCAGACAGGAGGGAGUAGUACAGCCAGACAGACAGGAGGGAGUAGUACAGUUAGACAGACAGGAGGGAGUAGUACACUCAGACAGACAGGAGGGAGUAGUACAGUCAGACAGACAGGAGGGAGUAGUACAGUCAGACAGACAGGAGGGAGUAGUACAGUCAGACAGACAGGGGGGAGUAGUACAGUCAGACAGACAGGAGGGAGUAGUACACUUAGACAGACAGGAGGGAGUAGUACACAGACAACGAAGGGAGUAUACAGUCAGACAGACAGGAGGGAGUAGUACAGUCAGACACACAGGAGGGAGUAGUACAGUCAGACAGACAGGAGGGAGUAGUACAGUCAGACAGACAGGAGGGAGUAGUACAGCCAGACAGACAGGAGGGAGUAGUACAGUCAGACAGACAGGAGGGAGUAGUACAGUCAGACAGACAGGAGGGAGUAGUACAGUCAGACAGACAGGAGGGAGUAGUACAGUCAGACAGACAGGAGGGAGUAGUACAGUCAGACAGACAGGAGGGGUAGUACAGUCAGACAGGACGGGGGAAGUAGUACACUUAGACGGGCAGGAGGAGUAGUACAGUCAGACAGACAGGAGGGAGUAGUACAGUCAGACAGACAGGAGGGAGUAGUACAGUCAGACAGACAGGAGGGAGUAGUACACUUAGACAGACAGGAGGGAGUAGUACACUUAGACAGACAGGAGGGAGUAGUACACUUAGACAGACAGGAGGGAGUAGUACAUUCAGACAGACAGGAGGGAGUAGUACAGUCGACAGACAGGAGGGAGUAGUACACUUAGACAUACAGGAGGGAGUAGUACACUUAGACAGACAGGAGGGAGUAGUACAUUAGACAGACAGGGGGGAAGUUAGUCAGACGAAGGAGUAGCCCAAGACGGAGGGAGUAGUACACUUAGACAGACAGGAGGGAGUAGUACAGUCAGACAGACAGGAGGGAGUAGUACACAGACAGACAGGAGGGAGUAGUACACUUAGACAGACAGGAGGGAGUAGUACAGUCAGACAGACAGGAGGGAGUAGUACAGUCAGACAGACAGGAGGGAGUAGUACAGUCAGACAGACAGGAGGGAGUAGUACACUUAGACAGACAGGAGGGAGUAGUAACUUAGACGGGACAGGAGGGAGUAUUUACACUUAGACAGACAGGAGGGAGUAGUACAGUCAGACAGACAGGAGGGAGUAGUACAGUCAGACAGACAGGAGGGAGUAGUACAGUCAGACAGACAGGAGGGAGUAGUACACUUAGACAGACAGGAGGGAGUAGUACACUUAGACAGACAGGAGGGAGUAGUACAGUCAGACAGACAGGAGGGAGUAGUACAGUCAGACAGACAGGAGGGAGUAGUACACUUAGACAGACAGGAGGGAGUAGUACACUCAGACAGACAGGAGGGAGUAGUACACUUAGACAGACAGGAGGGAGUAGUACAGUCAGACAGACAGGAGGGAGAAAGUACAGUCAGACAGACAGGAGGGAGUAAGUACAGUCAGACAGACAGGAGGGAGUAGUACACUCAGACAGACAGGAGGAGUAUUUAAAACAGUCCAGACAGACAGGAGGGAGUAGUACAGUCAGACAGACAGGAGGAGUAUUUAAACAACGGGGUAGAACAGAAAAAGGAGGGAGUAGUACAGUAGACAGACGGAGGGAGUAGUACAGUCAGACAGACAGGAGGGAGUAGUACAGUCAGACAGACAGGAGGGAGUAGUACAGUCAGACGGACAGGACGGGAGUUGUACACUUAGACAGUACCAGGAGGGCGUAGUACACUUAGACAGACAGGAGGGAGUAGUGCACUUCAGGACAGACAGGAGGGAGUAGUACAGUCAGACAGGACAGGGAGGGAGUAGUACAGUCAGACAGACAGGAGGGAGUAGUACACUUCAGACCAGACAGGGGGAGUUAGUACAAUCAGACAGACAGGGGGGUAGUACAGGACAGAAGCAGGUGAGCUCAUACACAGUCAAGACCGACAGGAGGAGUAGUACACUUAGGACAGACAGGGGGGAGUAGUACCACUCAGAUGGACAGGAGGGAGUAGUACAGUCAGACAGGACAGGAGGAGGUAGUACAGCCCAGACAGACAGUAGGGAGUAGUACAGUCAGACAGGACAGUAGGGAGUAGUACAGUCUGACAGACAGGGAGGAGUAGUACGUCAACUUAGACAGGAGGGGAGUACAGUAACAGACAGGGGAGUAGUACAGUCAGACAGGACAGGAGGGAGUAAGUACAAGUCAGCACAGGACAGGAGGGGUAGUACACUUAGACCAGCACAGGAGGCGACGUAGUAAACUCAGAUGGACAGGAGGGAGUAGCUACAGUCAGACAGACAGGAGGGAGUAGUACAGUCAGACAGACAGGAGGGAGUAGUACACUUAGACAGACAGGAGGGAGUAGUACAGUCAGACAGACAGGAGGGAGUAGUACAGUCAGACAGACAGGAGGGAGUAGUACAGUCAGAACAGGAGGAGUAGUACACAGACAGACAGGAGGGAAGUAGUACAGUCAGACAGACAGGAGGGAGUAUGACAGCCAGACAGACAGGAGGAGUAGUACAGUCAGACAGACAGGAGGAGUAGUACAGUCAGACAGACGGGAGGGAGUAGUACAGCCAGACAGACAGGAGGGAGUAGUACAGUCAGACAGACAGUAGGGAGUAGUACAACAGACAGACAGAGGGAGUAAUAGUCAGACAGACAGGAGGGAGUAGUACACUUAGACAGACAGGAGGGAGUAGUACACAGCAGAAACAGAACAGGGAGGGAGUAGUAUAGUCAGACAGACAGGAGGAGUAGUACAGCCAGACAGACAGGGGAGUAAUACCGUCAAACAGACAGGAGGGAGUAUACAGUCAGACCAGAGGGAAAGGUAGUACACUUCAGACAGACAGGAGGGAGUAGUACACUUAGACAGACAGGAGGGAGUAGUACAGCCAGACAGACAGGAGGGAGUAGUACAGUCAGACAGACAGUAGGGAGUAGUACACUCAGACAGACAGACAGGAGGAAGUAGUACACUUAGACAGACAGGGGGGAGUAGUACACUUCAGACAGGACAGGAGGGAGUAGUACAGUCAGACAGACAGGAGGGAGUAGUACAGUCAGAGACAGGAGGGAGUAGUACACUUAGACGAACAGGAGGGAGUAGUACAGUCAGACAGACAGGAGGGAGUAUUUACAGUCAGACAGACAGGGGGGAGUAGUAACAGUCAUGACAGACAGGAGGGAGUAGUAACAGUCAGACAGACAGGAGGGAGUAGUACACUAGACAGACAGGAGGGAGUAGUACACAGACAGACAGGAGGGAGUAGUACAGUCAGACAGACAGGAGGGAGUAGUAACAGUCAGACAGACAGGAGGGAGUAGUACAGUCAGACAGACAGGGGGGAGUAGUACACUUAGCAGACAGGAGGGAGUAGUACAGUUAGACAGACAGGAGGGAGUAGUACAUUAGACAGACAGGAGGGGAGAAAGUCAAAACAUAGAAAAAAAGACAGGAGGGAGUAGUACAGUAGACAGACAGGGAGGGAGUAGUACAGUCAGACAGACAGGAGGGGAGUAGUACAGUCAGACAGACAGGAGGGAGUAGUACAGUCAGACAGACAGGAGGGAGUAGUACAGUCAGACAGACAGGAGGGAGUAGUACACUUAGACAGACAGGAGGGAGUAGUACAGUCAGACAGACAGGAGGGAGUAGUACAGUAGACAGACAGGGGAGUAGUACAGUUCAGACAGACAGGAGGGAGUAGUACACUUAGACAGACAGGAGGGAGAAAGUAACCAAAGUCAGGACAGACAGGAGGGAGUAGUACAGUCAGACAGACAGGAGGGAGUAGUACAGUCAGACAGACAGGAGGGAGUAGUACAGUCAGUAAGCACAUGUCAUCAUGACACCUGUGGCUUAAAAGGCAACACACACCCAUACACACAUACACGAACAGACACACACACACACACAGCAGGCUUAAAAUAACACAACUAUCAAUUGAACCCUAACACAGGGCAUGAUAAGAGAAAUAUAUAAUGCUUUUGGGGAGGGAGAGAAAGAGAGGAGCUGAAAAUACUUGGACGUGAGUCUUAGACUCAUAAAUUACACCUAGUACCUAAAACUGGCCUGAACCUAGUUGGAAGGCUAGCCGAUGGGAAGCAACAUCUGUAGAAGCCCUCCCUCUCUGUAUUUAUGGAAAGAGGAACCUUGCCUUGCCGUGACCUGGGAACACGCUUAGCCAAUUAGCAGGCUUCGCCAACGGAUCAAAUAGAAGAGAAAAUAUUCACCGUGGUGACGGAGACGCAUCACAAUGCCCCAUUCAUACUGCACAGAGAGAGACCCAUGCUGCAUGGGGGUUUUAGUCAGAGAGGUAAUGAAUGAAACAAGAACCUGACUUACCUCACCCUCCGCUUUGACGUGUCAAUCUCAGGCCCCUGAUUCAUGACUCAAUACGGACCCAGAGGUAAACAGUGUUCAAAGGAGAUGUUUUUAUAAGGUUAUACACCACCCCUCACCUCCUCAACCCCACACAUCCCCUCCCAGCCUCCCACCUCCACCCAACACAACCAACCACUGGUUUGAUGCAGUGACCAGGCUGUGGGGCUGGGGCUCAGAGACCCCGGAGGCUGGGGGUAGUGACUGGAGGGCUGAGAGAAGGAGCACCAGAGGAGAGUUUCAUGACAGCUCUGGGCACUAG